AUGCUGCUCGAUACAGGCAAGGUCGACGUCGAUGCGAAAGAUGGAGAUGGCCUAACGGCGCUAUUAUAUGCUGUGGAAGAAGGGCACGAAAACGUGGUUCGGAUGCUGCUGGAUACAGGCAAAGCCGACGUCAAUGGAAGCCCAUAG